ACGAUGCCGCGCAACCCAAAUUUCCCAUGGGGAGCAGGCUCGCCGCUGCACCGUCACCAAAAUGUGACAGGGCUGGGCGAUGGCAUCCUGGGUAGCAGAAGCGUCCUCGUCGACUGGGGCAAGACGGCUGUACAUGGCCUCAGGGCGCUCUUCAAGAAGCCCGUUGAUGAAGACGAGCAAGGUGAAGGAGAAGAGUGAUGUCGAAAAGGAGAGCCGACUUUGGAGUGUUCUUUUUUU